AUGGGUCGCUCCCGUGGAAAUUUUCAUGCCGAAGAAGAUCCUAGCCAGAGAUCAAGAAGAAAAAAGAAUGCAUCAAGUGGAGAAAAUUUAGAAUCUGUUACAGCAGGUCAAGGGACUGGUGAUGGAAAAGGUGCAUUAUACCAUUGUAACUAUUGCAACAAGGACAUUACAGGGAGGAUUCGUAUAAAAUGUGCUGUAUGUUCGGACUUUGACUUGUGUGUGGAGUGUUUUUCAGUAGGUGGUGAGGUUCAUCCUCACAAAAAUGGUCAUCCAUAUCGGGUUAUGGACAUUCUCUCAUUUCCUCUCAUUUGUCCUGAAUGGAAUGCUGAUGAAGAAAUGUUACUUCUCGAGGGAAUUGAAAUGUAUGGCAUGGGAAAUUGGGCCGAAGUUGCCGAGCAUGUCGGGACCAAGACAAAGGAUGCAUGCAUUGAACAUUAUAGGAAUGCUUACCUUAACUCACCUUACUUUCCUUUACCUGAUAUGACGCACGUUGUUGGCAAAAACAGAAACGAACUCCUUGCAAUGGCUAAAGGUCAUCUCGAAGAUAAAAUAGGUUUCACUUUUACCUAUUCAAAAACUUACAAAUUAGUCAUGGAAAAAUCAAAUCUUGCAGGAGCUAAAGUGAAUAAAAAGGGAUCAAGCACGGGCCACGGCAAAGAUAAUAGUGAUCCUUUAAAGAUGGAGGACCACUUAUCUGGGCGAAGCUUUGGCGGCAACAAACCGAAAGCGACAAAAGUCGAUGCCCCGUCUUCAACAGACGCAAGCGGUUAUAAUGCUAAGAGAGAAGAAUUUGAUCCUGAGUAUGAUAACGAUGCCGAGCAAUUGCUUGCCGACAUGGAAUUCAAGGAAGGUGAGCCGGAAGUCGAGCGUCAGCUCAAACUGAGGGUGCUUCGUAUAUAUUCGAAGAGGUUGGAUGAGAGAAAACGGAGGAAGGAUUUUAUUCUGGAAAGGAAUUUGUUGCAGUACCCAAAUCAGUAUGAGGGCUUAUCUCAGGAGGAGAAGGAAUUAUGCAGACGUUAUGAUGUUUUUAUGCGUUUCCACUCAAAGGAGGAGCAUGAAGAACUACUUAAAACGGUUGUAUCUGAACAUAGGACACUCAAGCGAAUUAGAGAGCUCAAGGAAGCGCGAGCUGCUGGUUGCCGUACAUCAGCUGAAGCCGAUAGAUAUCAUGAGAGGAAAAGGCGGGAAACUGAUCGCAAGGAAAGUUCUCAGGCGGGGCCCAGCAGCCAAGAAAGUCUUAGCGUGCCACUUUCUUCGGAUUCAUUCGGCACGUAUUCGACCAUGACAUCAGCAGGCCAAGCCAACUCAUCAACCGAAUCUGAUUUCAUGUCGAUUUCUGGGGUCAAUUUGCUGUCUGAAUCGGAGAAACAACUUUGCCGUGAGAUCAAGUUAGCCCCUCAACAGUAUCUGAAAAUUCAGGAGGAUAUGACUACAAAUUUUCUGACCGGCAACAUCACAAAGAAAUCCGAUGCUUAUUCCUUCUUUCAGGUCGAGCCUAACAAAAUCGACAGAAUUUAUGAUAUGCUAAUGAGGAAGGGGAUUAUUAUUUCUCAGUAA